AUGGCUUCCACGGAAGAACAUGUCUCUAUCCCCCUGCCGGCCGAGAGUGACGCCGAGAUUGCAACCCCCGCGACUCCAAUCGAGUCCAGCGCCAUUCUGUCCGGCAGUGAGGAGCCUGUUACAAGUCCCGAUGCCUCGUCGAUCAGGGACAAGGAAAACAUCAAGUCCUCUCCGGAGAAGUCGACCACGAGCACAAAGCGUCCGCUGUCGGGUACCUCGGCUGCCAAACGGCCGAGCUCCAUCUCGGGCGCCCCCAAACCCACCACGUCGACAGCGCGUGCUGCAGCCAACGGCAGUACUCUCAGUAAACCGCCAACGCGCCCACCCACAGCUGGAACCGUUCGUAAACCCCUGAGCACUUCGACGACCGCUUCUCACCGGUCUCGAGCCUCCGUGAGCAGUUCCGCCGAUGAGAAAACUAGAUUCAUUGCGAGCUCGGGGGAUGAGAGGAGAGGCAUCUCCGGCACGGCCAAGCGGAUGUCGCUGGUCGGCAGCACCUCCUCGAGAGCCCCGCUGAAACCCACGACCAGUACUUUGGACCGUCGGUCGAGCAUUGCCGGCACCGCCACCAGCCGGACGGCGACUGCGCGCCCCAGCACCGCUUCGUCGGUGAAGGCCGUCACAAGACCCGCUGCAUCGAGCACCACUCGCACAUCCACUGCGUCUACCGCCCGGACAACCACCAGACCGACUUCCACCGUGACCCGUCCGACAACGACAGCCUCGAAACGUCUGAGCACCGCCAUCAAGGCUUCGGAUGAUGAGUCGGAGAAGCUGGAGACCCUCCGGACUAAACUCUCCGAGACCGAGGCGAUCGUGACGAAACUCAAGGCCGAAUUGGACACCGUGAACGAAAAGCUUUCCCAGUUGACCCUCUCGCCCCCAGAAGACGCCACCAAAGAUGGUAAUACCGAUGCCGCCCUGGGCGCUCUGCGUGAGGAGUACGCGGCGGAGACGGCCAAGCUGGCUGCAGAACAUGCCGAGCAGCUGCAGGCUCUACAGGCUCAGUUGGACGAGGCCGAGGCGAAGCGCAAGGAGCUGGAAGAAAAGUCGAUGAAGGCGCUGGACGAUGCCGCUCAGACCGCUGCCCAGGAAGAUGACAACAAGACUGCUGCGGCGCUGGAGGACCUGAAGCAGGCGCAUCAGGCUCAGUUGGAAUCCCUGGAGAACGAGUUGGCUGAACAAAAGACUAUUGCUGCUGGAUAUGCCGACCAGAUCACCGCCCUUCAGGCGGAACUCGAAUCGCAGAAAUCCGGAUUGGAAGAGGCCAGCCAGAAGCUGCAGGACGAGAAGGCGUCCGCACUCGAAAACCUGAGUCGGGAACUGAAGGGUCGUGAUCAAGUCAUUGAAAAUUUGAACGUGGAGAUGGAGAAACUGAACGGCGCCAAGGAGCAGGAGGUUCGUGCGGCCGAGGAGUCCGCCAAGCAGUCUGUCUCUGCGCUGGAAGACAAGGUUGCUGAACUGGAGGCGAAGCUCGCUCAGGCCGAAUCCACCACUGCUCAGAGCAGUGAGCAGACCGCUACUCUUCUGGCAGAAAAGGAGCAGGAGGUGGCCGAGCUCAAGCAGGCCGUGGAGAAGACGCAGAUCGAACUCCAGGAAGCCCGGGACACUGCUGCUGAACAGUUGAGCCAGAAGAUCUCUGAGCUGGAGGCUGCCCAUGAGGCCGCCGUCGCCAAGGCCCAGACUGCACACGCAGAGGCUCUGGCCGCCGCCACCGCUGCCCAUGCACAGGAGCUGAGCGUGGCCAAGGAGGCCGUGGAAGCCGCUGGCACCACCCACUCGGAGCAACUUCAGAAGCUCCGUGAUGAACUCGAUGCCGCUGAGGCUGCUGCCAAAAAGGGUAAGGACGAGGCAAUCAGCGAGCUCACGGUCGCCCACCAAGCCGAGCUGCAGGCUCUGCAAGAGAAGCUCAAUGCUUCCGAGCAGGCUCUUGGGGAGACCCGCCAGGCGCUGGACGAGCGCAACAGCUCCACCCAAGAAUUUGAAUCCCUCAGGGAGAAAGUCGGCGCCCUGGAAUCCCAGCUUUCUACCGGACAGGGUGAGAUCCGAUCCCUGGUCGACGAGGUCCAGAGCAAACAGGCGGAGGCAGAAGCUUUACAUCAGAGUCUCAACGAUUUUGAGACCAAGCUCAAGGCCAAGGACGCAGAGAAGGAGGAGCAGCUGAAGUCUCUGGCCGAGAAAGCCGCUGCUUCCGAGAAAGCGCUCGAGGAGCAGCUCAAAGAGACGGCCGCAUUUGCCGAGCAACAUGCCCAUGCCUCCGAGGUACUGAAGGCGGAGCAUGCUGCAGAAAUCGAGAAGGUCAAGACGGAGGCGGCUGGGUCGCACGAGGAUGCGCUGAGCGCGCUGCAGGCCAAACACGACGAGUUGCUCUCCGCCAACCAUGCACUGGAGACCGCGCACACGGAGCGGGUCACGAAGUUGGAGGAGGAACUGAAGGCUACCCUCGAACGCCACGCCGUUGAGACCAGCUCACAGACGGAGCUCCGUGAGACAGAGAUUGCCAAUAUGCAGAAGGAAUUCCAAGAAACCAAGGCCAAGCUGCUGGCGGAGGUCGAGGCUAUGCAGGCGUCCAAGGUCGCGGAGGCUGAUGCUGAACACAGCAAGGCGAUCGAACAGCUGCUCGGUCUCCAGGAAGAAAAGCUGUCCGGCCUGCGGGCCGAGUUGGAGUCUUCGCACAAGACCAAGCUGGAAGAGCUGCAGAAGCUGCAUGAUGCCGCGCUCGGCGAGAUUGAGGAGCAGCUGUCGCAAGCCCGUGCAGCCAUGCAAGAUACUUCUGUCCCCGAUGGUCUGAAGGCGACGGUUACCGACCUCGAGCAGAAACUGGCGGACGCGCAACAGGCAGUGGCAGCCACCGAGGAACUUGCGACCCAACUUACCACUGAACUGUCCCAGCUUGGUGCGGAACGCAAGGAGAUGGCGGAGAAGUACACUGCGGCCGCCAGCCAGGUGGAGGAGCUCACCAAGUCUGUUUCGGCGUUGGAAAGCAUCAAGACGGAACUCGAGCGGGUUCUGAACCAGCUGUCUGGCUCGCGGGAGGAGCUGUCACAACUGCAAGGCAAGCAUGCCACGGUGAGCGGCGAGCUGGAGGAGCUCAAGACGCAGAACCGGACGAUGGAGGAGAGGCUGUCGCAGGGCGAGCGGGACCUCAACGACCAGAUCGAGCGAAACAUGUCGCUGCUGAACCAGCUGGGCGAGGUUGACUCAGCCAUCGCCGCCAACCGCAAGCGGGUGCGCGAGCUGGAGGCCGAGUUGGCCGCCCUCAAGGCCGACAAGGACAGCGGCAAGAGCAAUGUCGGCCUGGAGGGGAGUCGAUGGGCGGCGGAGGAGAGCAAGGCUGGGGAGGAGCGGGGUCCAACCGCAGCGGAAGGUGAGGACCUUGGUUCAUCGAUCGAGGGAACGAUGGCCAGCAUCCAGGAGCAGCUUAAACACAUCCGGACGGCCAACGAUGACUGGUAUGACGAACAUCAGCGACUCAUUGGCGAGCUCACACAGCUGUCACGACGGACGACGCCCGACCGACGAAGCCAUGCGUCGACGCCUCAACCCGAGCGACAGGAGCAGUCCUAA